AUGGAAACAUUACGACAAGCCGGAGUCUUCUGGUUCAAUAAUGGAAUUCUAGCACCGGACGAGGAACCCGGCAAUUGGCCCUUCCACCUCAAGGAGUUUGAACGGCAGGCGGUCCGUGCGAAGGCGGAGCGCAUUGGUUCGAGUAUGGACCAAACGAGAGGAUAUGUCUGCAGCGUAAGCGAGGCACACGCGUUCUGCAUCCGCGCAGCGCGACAGGAUAUACUGCGGGCCGCACCGCAUGCGCCAGUGACGCUCAUCACCGGUGCUUCGGCCCAUCCAGGGGUGGACAAUGCAGCUGAACUGCUCGGGAUUCCGCUGCGUCAUGUGCAGUGCGGGCGGCUUGGGGCAAUGAUCAUCAGCGAGCUGGAGGCGGCACUCGACACCAUACGCGGUGCUGUCAUUGUGGUGGCGACAUGGCGCAACACGCUGGGGGGCGGCUUCGACGACGUGCAGGCCAUCUCACAGCGACUAUCUGCGCGGACGCAGCGGAACGGGCUGCCUUCUCUCAUCCACCUGGAUGCAGUGCGUUGCUUCGACGACGUGAGCACACUAGGCGAAGCCCAGCGCACGAGCCUGGGGCUGCCGCGGUUGGUACUUGGGGGGCCACCAGGACAGGAGCAAAGCGCGUACGUGGGCGUCGCAACACUGGCGGCCGGUGGAGUCAGUAUUGGGGGCAUGGGCAAUGAACAGACGGUCGCACUCGUGCCGCGCGAACUCGGCGGCAGCGGCGGCACGUUCAUCGAGUGCGUCGCCGGUAGGGACGACACUAUCGCGGGGUCACGUGACGUGGUGGGAGGGGCAUUACUGGCGCUGCACGACGCGCGAUUCGAUGCAGCCGGUCUGCAACUGGUAUAUUCGCAGUGCCGGCUGCUUCGCGAUGCCCUGGUCGCAGCGCUGGGCGCAGCCGGAGUGCCGGUGCUCGCAGAUGCGCGCGGGCUUGACCUGGUCGUCGAGGCGGGGCCGUGGGCGACGUCAGCACUGUUCGACCGGUGGGGCGCACGGCGCCUGCCAGACGGGGCUGCGAUGCUUGCUGUACAGCCAGCCUGGACGCAGGCAAGCGUGACGCAGCUGCUGGCCGACUUCAACAUUGUAGAACCCCUCGUCGUGCCCGGGCUAGAAGAGCCCCGACUCACGGCAGUGCCAGCGGGCAUGGUGGCGCGGCUCAUGCAGGUGACUGGAUCGUGGCGCACUGCAUCCGCCCGCUCAUGCGGCUAUCCGGGCGAUCAUUCCACCCUCUCGGUGCUGGGGCCUAUCGUAGGCCAUGCGGUCACGGCGCCCUUUGUAGCCAGUGCCGCUACCUGGACGGCUUCACGCGAGCAGGAACUGCUGGCUGAGACGUGCGCCGCGUUGGGCGUCGAGGCUGGGUGGGCGGCGGCUGCUUUCACCAGCGGUAGCACGGCCAGUAACCGCAUCGGCAUCCUCACUGCCCUGCGCCAGCUGCCCCACGCGACCGUGUACGCCUCUGCCGCCGCACACUAUAGUAUUACCAAAAUCGCCGCUGACCACGAACGUCUGCGCAGCGUCGCCAUCGUCAACGUCCCCACCGAUGCAUUGGGCCGCAUGGUACCGGCCCAAUUCGCUCGCUGCGUGGCCCAGGGCCAGCGUACUGCAGCGGCUGAGGGAAGAGCCUUCGCCGUCUUGCUGCUCGUAAGCGCAGGUACCACCUUCUCGGGUGCUACUGAUGACAUCCCCGCCCUCUGCGCUGCCGCCGCUCGUGUCCGCUGCUGCGUCGACUACAUCCAUCUCGACGGCGCCCUGAACCUCGGUGCAAGCAUGGAUCGCAUCACCCUGGGCCCGCCAGGCGCGCCACCCAUCGAUCCAUUCAGUGGUCGGCAUGUCGUGCAGGGCAUAUCAGUCAGCCAGCACAAGUUCCCCGGCCUCUCUGUUGCGGGCCAAGUCGUCUGCUGGAGCCCCCAAGGCGGGCGCCUGGCUGCCCAUGACGGCCAAGUCGAUCGCCGCGCCAUCUUCGAGAUGUGGCUAUACCGUCAGCUGACGUCGCCAGCCGAUCGCCGCGCCCUAUAUCUCCACUGUCUGGCCAACGCCCGUCGUCUGCGCUUGCGCUUGCAGCAUGCUGGCAUACAAACCCUCUUUAAUCCUGACUCAGUCAUCACUCUCGUUGAGCGACAACCACCUUGGUUGAUUGAUCGUUUUAACCUUGCUCCGGAAGGCAAUUGGGUGCACUUCAUAGCCAUGCCGCACGUCGCUUCGUUUGUCGUAGACGAAUUCGUUGAUGCUGUAGCUGACCACGCCUCUGCCGUUCGCCGCGCACUCGUGCCCGUCCAUCGACAUGUUGCACGACUAUUUGCUCGUCCCUUCUCUGACGUGUUUCUCAAACCGCUCAGCAGUCUGAAUGACAAGCUUCUUGCUUCCAUCGCCACUGCUCUCUACAGUAGUCGCAUCAGUUCAUCAGCCAGGCAGGUUGAAGAACUCAGGCUCGAAUGGAUAAACAGCACACUCUGCUUCGCCGCUACCGAUUCCUCAAAUUCGUUGCUCGCAGCACUCCUGUGCCGCAUAUCAUGUGAUAGAGCUAUCGAAUCGUGCGCAGCCCUGAUUCGAGAUUCGGAUUCGGUGCCAGAAGACAUGCAAUCAACAGCCAAUAUUCUGGUGGGUUCAUUGUUCGCACUUGGUGUCGUCCACAGGCAAAGUGUUCCCAAGAUAUCCGUCACCCGCAUCCGUCUCAGUGAGACCACAACAGCUGGUGUGAAUGCUGGGGCUGGCGCUGCUACUGCUUUUGCAGUGAACCCAAAGUUCAACGCUCUGUCGCAGUGUCUGUACUCAGACGACAAGCACGUCAUGUCGUCCAUGGUAGUGGCUUUCUGCCUCGCAUUUCUUCAACCUGCUUCCGCCGCACCAGCAACCUUACCACCUAGCACUGGUACACGUCAACUUCAAAAGCGCCUUGAAACCGGCUCCACGAUUGCGAUCGGCAUCUGCGUUCCCAGUGUGGCUCUUGUGCUCGGCCUCGGCAUCGGCAUCAUGUGGUUCUACCCCGAGCAGAGGCGCAAACUGCGUGCGGAGAACGCCAGGCGCGAACUGGAACUCGCAAACCGGGCGAAUAGACAGCAUGGACACAUACAAGGGGUUGAACACGAGACAUUACCUGCCUAUAAGGAACAUGACGAGGAGGACCAUGAGCUGGAAAAUGUGACGCGUGGAUCUACUCCAGCUGCACCGCCUGCACCGCCUGCACCUGCGGUGGCUGCGCCUGCUUAG